AUGCUGUCGGCAGCCGUUCAGAUCCUGGCGUUCGCCCUGGCGCUGCUGGGCGUGCUCGGCGCCACCGUGGCCACUCUGCUUCCCAACUGGAAGGUGAGCGUGGACGCGUGGUCCCACUUCAUGACUCCCAUCUCGCAGAUGCAGGGGCUGUGGAUGGACUGCGUGUGGUACAGCUCCGGCGUCUUCAGCUGCACCAUGAAGAACUCGGUGCUGUCGUUGCCGGCGCAUCUGCAGACCAUGCGAGCCGCCAUGGUUCUGUCCUGCAUGGUGGCGUCGUUUGGACUCUGCCUGGCCUCCCUGGGGCUUAAAUGCACGCGCUGGGGGGGCAGCCACCGAGCGAAGGGACACACGGCCAUUGCCGCCGGGGGUUGCUUUGUCCUGGCCAGCUUCCUGUGCCUGGUUCCGGCGUCGUGGUUCACCAACGAAGUCAUCACCGUGUUUCUGGCGACAGACCUGCCGGAGAGCAGCAAAUAUCAACCGGGAGGAGCUCUGUGCGUGACGUUCAUCUCGGCCGGCUUCCUCCUGGCUGGAGGGGUGAUUUUUUGCUUGUCGUGUCCGGGGAAAAGAUCCGGGCGCCCGGACUACCCUCCCUCCUACGAUCACCCCGACAGGUUCGUCGUGCUGCGACACGAUCAGCGGAGGAGAGAGCCGGAGCAGACGGACAACGUGCAGCCGAAAAACCGGCACAACAAGACGGUUCAGCUGCAGAUGGACAACGUGAAGACGCAGACUCCUCCUCAGGAGAAAGCUGAGCACAAGGCUUACUCGUCUCCCUCCAAACUCCCUCCGAAAGACAUCAAGGACAGCUACAGCCUCCAGGAGUAUGUUUAAACCUCGCAGCGCAGCAGGGGAA